UUGAAGUUGCCAAAAGAAGUUGUCUCAAUUUGGCUGUACAUUCACUAGGUUGCCUUACUCUCAACACAUGCAUUGAUCAUAUGACAGAAGACCAUAAAAGAGGGCUCCUAGACAUCAUCAUAGAAAACUCAGUUUUCCUGGCACAAGACCCUCAUGGGAACUAUGUAGUGCAGCACGUACUAAGAAUACACAACCCGUUUGUCAAUAGGAGAAUAUGUCAUAAGCUGCAAGAAUUCUAUGUGAGGCUCUCAAUGCAGAAGUCUGGCAGCCAUGUAGUAGAGACAUGCGCAAAAUCUGGAGGGAUAGUGUAUGUGGUCAAUGAUCUUGUUCAAAGUGAUAAACUUGUUGAAGUUGCAAAGAAUCAAUUCGGAAACUAUGUGAUCCAAACAGUUCUAAAGGCUACCAAGAGUUCAUAUCCAGGCCUCAAUCUGAGACUUGAAAUCGCCCUACAACCUCAUCUUGCAGAACUCCAGUACCAUCCAAAUGGAAGGAAUGUCUACAAUUUGAUCAAGGAGGGGAUUAUUAAUCCUUUUAAUGGCAUCAAGCAGGUUUACUGGCAGUACUGUUGAGUCUUCAUGGGAUGGACCUCCGAAGUUCUUCAGGCCAGGCCAGGCCAGGCCAGGCCGGCUUCCCAUUUCUAUUUUUCCCUCAUUGUAGUAGUUGAAACGUUUUUUUCUCAUGUUGUUUUAUUGCCCCGCAAUGUUUGUACAAAGUAGGAAAAAUGGAUGAAGAACGACUUGUAAGAGUUGGGUAAUGUAUAACUAACUACCCUGUACGUAGUUGAAGUUUAAAAAGGGCAUGAUACGUUAUGUUGUUUCUUGAAUGUGACAGAACAUUCAAAUUUCAAUAUGUAGUUUCAAAGAUAAUCUCCUUAUUAAUGAAUUAGAAUUUUGUUUGUUUUCUU